AUGGCACUUCUAGAGGCUGAGAAGAUGAGAUGGAGAGCAGUGUUGACACGUUUGACGGCGAUUGUGCAGUCUCUGGCAGUGAGAAAUUUGGCACUAAGGGGGCAUACAGAAACAUUGUACACACCAUCUAAUGGCAAUUUCCUCAAAGAGGUUGAACUGAUGGCAAAAUUUGACCCAAUUAUGAAAGAGCACCUUAACCGUGUCCAAAAAAGUACCUCUGGUGGUCACACCAGCUACCUCAGUCACCGCAUACAAAACGAACUAGUCGAUUUGUUGAGCAGCAAGAUAAUAUCAGAAAUGGUGAGUGACAUCAAGAAGGCAAAAUAUUUUUCCCUUAUUCUUGACUGCACGCCAGACAUCAGCCACACCGAACAGCUGUCAGUUGUAAUUCGUGUGGUAUCACUGACAGAACCCUGCAUAAAGGAACAUUUCAUGGGGUUUUUGGAGGCAGAGGAAUCAACAGGUCUGCAUUUGGCAUAUCUGAUUUUAAAGAAACUGGAGGAGUUUAAAGUUCCUUUUGAGGACUGCAGAGGACAGGCAUACGACAACGGGGCAAACAUGAUGGGGAAAAACAAGGCCUCCACUCAGAGAUGGGUCAUACUGAAAAAACACGUGGACAUCACUUUGAAGAUGUGGACUGACACAAGGUGGGAGAGUAAAGUGAAGAGUGUCGAGCCCCUGAGAUAUGAGGCAACUGCUGUGAGAGAGGCACUUAUUGAGGUGAUAGAUCACACUAAAGACCCCAUCAUCAAGGUUGAGGCCCAGUCCUUGUCAGAGGAGGUGGGAUCCUACCGCUUCAGCAUCUGUACAGUGGUGUGGUACGACAUCUUGAGCCAGACACACCAUGUGAGCAAGUUGAUGCAGUCUCCCAGCAUUCAAGUAGAUGUGGCAGUCAGUCUUCUCAAAAAGAUCGAGGAAGGUCUUCAGAGCUACAGGGCAAAAGGCUUUGUGACAGCACAAAUGUCAGCCAAAGCUAUUUGUGAAGAAAUGAAUGUUGAGUCUGUUCUGCAACAGAAGAGACUGAGGUCCACGAAGCAUCAUUUCUCCUAUGAGGCAUCUGAUGAGCCUCUGAGUGAUGCUUUGGAGAAGCUGGAGGUCACAUUUUUCAAUGUUGUUGUUGAUGCUGCAACUUCAGCCAUCCAGGAAAGAUUUUCCACAUUGGAGAAUGUGAGAGAGAAGUUUGGAGUGCUCUCUAAUUUCCAAAACCUCUCAGACAAUGAGCUGCAAAAAGAAUGUGAGACCCUGCAAACUACACUGCGCUUUAAGGGACACUCAGAUGUGGAUGGCAGAGAGCUUGUGCAGGAGCUGAAGAACUUGCCUGUCCUCCCAUCAAAGUCCAUGACUCUGCUUGAGCUGCUGACUUUCAUCCAUGAGAAAGAGCUCACAGAAAUCUACCCCAAUCUUUUGACUGCACUCAGAAUUGGUCUGACCCUUCCGGUGACAGUAGCUGAAGCAGAGAGGAGUUUUUCCAAGCUGAAGCUUAUAAAAACGUACUUGAGGUCCACUAUGUCACAGGAGCGUCUCGCUGGACUUGCCAUCAUCAGCAUCAAUCAUACAAUUGCACAACAAAUUUCGUAUGAUGAUGUAAUUGAUGAUUUUGCAUCAAAGAAGGCCAGAAAAGUCAAGUUUUAGA